AUGACGAGAGAUUAUAGUCCCCGCCGUGGCGACUCUGUCAGCGUCAGCGAUGAUCGCGACGCAACCGUACGACUUAAGAAGCGGUUAUCGACCGAGGAACUUUCCAGGGAAGACAAAUCAGCAGACUCCGCUCCUCUCAAGUCUAUACUCAAGCAGCCUAAAUUAGCACCGAGCUCUUGGCAGCUCUACUUCACAGACUGGAUACAGCGGCACCAAGCAACGAGCACGAUAAAACUCAAUGUUGCACAAGCUGCCAAGGAAGCCGGUCAGGAGUAUGCUAAUCUAACUCCAGAAGAGAAGGAGCCUUAUAAGCGUCGGUCUGCAGUUCUGAAAGAGGCGCGAGAGCGCGAGAACGCAGCCUACAUGAACAGUCUCACCCCUGAGGAUAUCAAGAAGGAGAAUGCCUUCCGCACUGCCCAACGAAAGGAGGGUCGUUCUCGGAAGAGCAACAUUAAAGAUCCCAACGCACCCAAGAAGCCGCUUAGCGCAUACUUCAUGUUCCUGCAGCGCAUCCGAUCUGACCGUGCCCUUGUGAGGGAAAUAUUUGGUGAUGAGCAAGAGCCAACUAAGCAAAGCGUGUUAGCCGCUGCCAAAUGGCGAUCGAUGACUGAUGAUGAGCGCAAGCCUUUCCUUGCGCAAGCCGAGCAGGAGAAACUUGAGUACGAGGCUGCACGGAGGUUUUACGAGGAAGGCACCACCGAUAUUGGCACAAGUAUUAAUUUCAGCAUCUUGCCAAGCAGCCCCAGCAGUGAGAGUCCAUUCCGUGCCGAGCGAGCGAUCCAGACGGAGUCGUUCAGCUCGGAAAGUGAGAGCGAGACAGCAACAACUGACGAUGGUGUCAGCCGGUCGUCUCUCAACAUCCUCCAGAACAAUCCGAAAAAAGAUUUAUCUCGCGGAGUGUCUACAGGGAGAGGGGGAUGUUGGUGCGUACCACAUAUCUUAGACCAUCCCAUGGCCACUAUACUAACACGUGCCAUCAAUUCAUAG